AACAUAUAUAACUAGCUGAAUCAACUAUCUACAUAAGCAUAUAUAUCAACGAUAAGAUCGAAAGCCUAGGAUCAAUGGCAGCUGCUGUCAAUACUAGUAGUACUGACUAUAAGGUUGCAGGCGGUGAUGACUAUGACCAUGUCGAGCAAGCGAGGAAUCAGCAAGUGCUAGCUAGAGAUUACAUAUGCGCGGUCCCGGAGGAGUCCGACAUGUACUUGAACACGUCUACCAUCAAGCUCAAAGUGCCUGCAGGAGAAGAGUUCAAUGGAUCGGUGCUGCUGAAGAACCUCUACCUCUCCUGCGAUCCCUACAUGCGAGGCGUUAAGCACAGUGAUAACGCCACUACCAAACAAGACCGCGUUGUCUUCUUCUCCCCUGAUUCUCCAGUAGUGGGUUAUGGAGUGUCAAAGGUGGUGGAUUCUCAGCAUCCCGAGUUCAAGGCAGGAGACUUGGUUUGGGGUAUAACCAAGUGGGAGGAGUAUACUCUUAUCACUGACAUGCAAAGCUUCUUCAAAAUUAACCACGCUGAUGUACCCCUUUCCUACUACACCGGACUUCUCGGUAUGCCUGGUAUGACUGCUUAUGCUGGUUUCUAUGAAGUUUGCAAUCCAAAGAAAGGAGAGUAUGUGUACGUUUCCUCAGCCUUUGGAGCUGUUGGUCAGAUUGUUGGCCAAUUUGCCAAACUCAUGGGUUGUUAUGUUGUUGGAAGUGCUGGCAGUCAAGAAAAGGUUGACAUACUGAAGAACAAGUUUGGAUUUGACGAGGCAUUCAAUUACAAGGAAGAGCCCGACUUGGAUGCCGCUUUGAAGAGGUACUUCCCAGAGGGCAUAGACAUUUACUUUGAGAACGUGGGAGGCAAAAUGCUGGAUGCAGUGCUUCUCAACAUGAGACUUCACGGUCGCAUUGCCGUGUGCGGCAUGAUUUCGCAGUACAAUAACGAGCAGCAUGAAGGGGUCACCAACUUGAUGCAUUUGAUUUACAAGCGCGUUCGCAUGGAGGGCUUCUUUGUGUUUGAUUUCUACCACCUGUACCCCAAGUUCUUGGACCUGGUGUUGCCUUAUAUCAGAGAAGGGAAGAUCGCUUAUGUGGAGGACAUAGUUGAAGGACUUGAGAAGGGUCCUGCUUCUCUAGUAGGCCUUUUCAAUGGUCGCAAUGCUGGCAAAGCAGUCGUUGCAGUUGCUCGCGAAUGAUCCGUCAAAUUAAUCGUUUAUAAGUUCAUGCAGUUUGCCGAGCUAGCUAGCUACUCUACUUCUUUCAGUAUAAUAAUUUGCGACACUUUCUUUCUGUCCCUAUGUUUGUUGAUAUUCAUGAAUCAGUUCUUGUAUUUACUUUUGCUUAAUCUCUUAUGAUUACUGAGACAUAAUUAACAAUAAAAUGAUCUUUCUUGGCAAUGCUUUUC